GAAUUUCCUUAGCCACCUCCUCCCCAAUUUGCUCCGCACCGACCACGAACCGAACAGCGCGCCGCCGCCGUCGCUCCCUCUCCACCUCCAUUUCCUCCCCCUUUCUCUUCGCCUUCCCCCCCUACCGGAGACACAACCAGCGUCCUGGGCAGCCGCUGCAGUCUCGUUGCCGCUCGCUUCGCCGACCAAUCCGGAGGCAGGCCAGGGCGGACGGGACGGGAUGUUCUCCGGCGACUGGACGCCGCCGUGCGGCAGCUGCUGCACCAAGAAGUACGCGAGCCUCGUGCAGAUCCCAUGGAGGGUGUUCUGCAAGAAGGGGUGCAACGCGGACGGAGACACCUGGGAAGAAUGCAUAGGAAAAUGUACUGAAAUCUGCUACAAAGAUCCAGUGUUGGAAGAUCGCCAGUGGAGUGCUUACAUUGAUCGAUCUCCAGGGCAGGAUAGUUACUCUUUGGAGUGCUUCAAUGCUUGUGUGUCUGGUUGUGGAUUCAGGUUCGAGAUCCCAACAGAGAAGGUUGAAGAGAUCAAGCCCAACAGGCCGUCCAAGCCGCCACCUCCUGAAGUGAAGCCAACUACGGGUCCAGCCUCUGCUGCUGGGAGCCGUGAAGACGUGCCAUGCACAUCGGCCUAGUUGCCUCCAACUCCAAAUCUUUGAUGUUCUAAUUGCUCUGUUCUCCUCACUCGUCCUCCCCCUUCUCUUUCUGGAAAACGUACGGGAAGUUUUCUUUGUUAUCAUAGCUAGUGGUACUCGCGAAAUUUAGAGUGAAGAAUUUGUAGCACUGGCAGUAAGAGAUGGCGAGGAGAGUGCAGCGAUGUAUUGUACACAAGUAACAGGAGUUUUACUUGAUAAAUGACAUGACAUGUUUCAGAGCUUCA